AUGCACCCUUCGACGUUUACCAAAGGACCCGAUCCAAUAGUAGCAGACAACUGGGUGCAGAAGAUAGAGAAGAUAUUGGAAGUUUUGCAUUGCACUAACCAGUUGAAGGUUCUCUAUUCUACUGUUCAGCUAGAAAGAGAAGCUAAAAGAUUGUGGACUACUGUGAGUAUGCUUAAGAAGAAGAGAGCUGGUCCAUUUGGUAUGACUUGGAGCAGCUUUAAGGAGGUAUUUUUCGAGAGAUACUUCCCGACUUCCACUCGUGAUGCAAAGGCCGAUAAGUUCUUAAGCCUGACUCAGGGAACCCUAGAGGUGCAGAUAUAUUUUUCUAGAUAUAUUGAGCUAUCUCGUUUCACGCCGUGUUUGAUCUCAAACGAGUAUGACAAGACUCAAAAGUUCGAGAAAGGUUUGAGGAAGGACAUCCGCAGGCUUGUGGGAAUGCUGCAAAUUCAAGAGUUCUCUGUUCUGGUGGAUAAAGCCACCAUAGUUGAGGGACAGUGGAAAAAGAAGAACUAUGGUUUGAGUUAUCGCCAGAUUACCGAACAGCAGGGUCGUCAUGCAGAUCCAUCUUUCAUGCAAUGCACCAGGUGUCAUAAAUGGCAUGAUGGUGAUUGCCAAUCGUUCGUGGGUAACUGCUAUAACUGCGGCAAAUCAGGCCACAUGUCCGGAAACUGUCAAGCACAGAGGAGCGAUGCGCCUGCAUCGAGCCAGAAUCGGGGAAGCAAUUAG